CUUGCACAAGCUAGUUGUUUAGUGACCCACCAGAGGGCGACCGACGGGGACGGGUCGGCGCCCGGUACAGCACGCGAAGUGCUCGGCCAUGUGCGCGUCGCGUCCACGACGGCAGGGCACCAACUGGUGGAGGUUGUCCACGCCGAGUCGCCGAGGUGGUGACGCUGUGGUUGUUGAUGGGCUUGGCGGGAUCCUGCUCAGUCGUCCAUCAAGUCGUCGUGACGUGAUGUGUCAUUAAGAUGAUGUCCCGUCAGCCUCCUUGCCCGUUGGUCGGCGUCCCAUAAUUUCCACGAGCAGUGCCCAGUCGACGGCUGCAACACCUACCCAUUGCCCUGCUUCAGCAUGAGGCGCUGUUUGUCGUCCCAGUGUCACUCAGUGGUAAUGGGGGCCGUUCACCCGGAUAUCCCCCAUCCCCCGCAUGGGAGGUGGGUGGAGGUGGUCCGCGCGACGACGCCAACAAGCCAUUGAACGCGACCUCCUACCAAAGCCCGUUAUUUGGAGUCACAACCUCAGUGCUCUUAACCUGACGACCCACACUCACGAAGAAUAAAUAACCAGAUCCAUCGCGGAAUGUUCCGCUGCCAUGCGAUGCGAUGGGCAGUCGCCGAAAGACACUCAAGCCGUAACAACUGCGCCAACCGCUUACUUACCUCCCAACUCUCCACCAAUGCCCUCAAACCAAGUGGUCGCAAUCUCGCGCGACGCAACCGCUGCCGGGCUCCACCUUGACCUGUUCGCCCUCGGCGCCGAUGGGGCAGUGUACACCUCUUGGCGGGUCCCAGGCGGCGAGUACACUGGCGCUUCGCACGAGUGGCUACGGCUAGGUCAUCCCCCCGCUGGGCCGUUGCGCGCAGGCACCGCUUUGACGGCUGUCUCGCGCGCGCGCGACUAUAUCGACGUGUUCGUCGUCGCUGGGGACGGGAACGCAUACCGCGCCUCAUGGGCUGGCACUUGGGGCCAGUGGGAGAACAUCAGCACGGCGCUAGAGCACAAGUUUGAGCCGGGCGCCUCCAUCGCCGCUGUACUUCGAUCUCCGCGCCACGUCGACUUGUUUGCCGUCGCCAACGGCGAGGUCGUCACUGCGUUCCUCGUCGACGGGGCCCUGACGUCCGCGGGGCAGUGGUACCCCCUCUGGCGGGGCGCCGACGGCCCGCUCAACCCCGGCGCGAGCAUCGCUACUGCCUCUGGUGGCGAGAACGACCUGGUCAUCUUCACCUCGACCGGGCGGGACAGCGUCUGGGCGCGCAGGUGGGACGGCAGCUGGGGGCUGUGGCACCGCGUCCCGUUCUUCCGAAACACCAGCCGUGAAGGGCCGUACGUAGCCGCCGGGGCGCCGCUCGCGGUUGUUUGCACAGCGCAACAGUACCGCCUUUACACUGUGGUCGAGGACGCGCGUGGCGCACGUGUCGGAUUCGCGACGACGGGGACCGGUCGCGAGCACUGGCCCAGCUUCUGGGGCGCUGGCGUCCUUGGCGGCGACGAUACUCCUGGACAUCUCGCUGCCAGCAGCCCCGUCAGUGCCGCGCUGGAGCAAGCCGGCGAUGAGUGCGCUGUGCGUGUCGCGGCUUUCUCCACUACCGGACACGCCCUGACGGUCGUCAACGACACAUUCCCUCAUGAGUGGGAGGACGCCGGCGGGUCGUUCCCGCCUGGGAGCGCGCUCGCGCUCGUCCCAGCGGCGCGCGGCAGCUGCCACCUGUUCGGGGUGACCAACGGACGCGUAUACACUCGCGACGUGCUCAAUGACCGCGUAGUUGGCGAGUGGCGGUGUAUUGGCGGCGAGCGGGGCGUGCGGUUCGUCGACGCGUCGGACGCGGCCGCCACAGUACCUCCCUCGACGGGCUCGGCCAUGCCCGCGCCAGCACCGCAGCCCGCGGCGCCACCUCCAGCGCCGCCCCUCGAUCGCAAGGUGUUUGCGCUCCGCUGCGCAGGCGGCAUCCUCGAAACACAGGGCAGAGGUUACCCGGCCAACACGCAACUUACCCUCCUCGUAAACUGGUCCUACAACGACACGGUGAUCACCGACGGCGGGUACGACGCCAUACCUAUCGGGCGCGCCGACGCCGACGGCAACUGGACGAGCAAGGACGAUAUAUCAGGGCCCCUGCGCAGCUGGUUCCUCGACCGCAAGCUGUCUGGUGUCGGCGUGCCGUUGACGCUGCAGGUCAACGCACGAGACGAGAGCGGGAAGGUUGCGCAGAAGGAGGCGAGACUGUACAACAUUGGGUUCUCGGCGUAGACGCCGUGCACGGCGUUAGGUGACCGGUACUGUCAGCGCGAUGCACGCUGUCUCUUGAG